GUUCUGUAUAAGAUGUCUGUUCCCUUCUCCAACACAAACCUGCGGAUCCCUAAAGGCUUUGGGAAUUUAUUGGAAGGUCUUGCCAGGGAAGUUUUGAGAGACCAGCCUGAGGACAUCCCUACCUUUGCUGCUCUCUACUUCACAGGGCUUCUUAAAGCUAGAGAAGAAAGUGGCCUAGACCCAGCAGAGUGGGGUGCAAAGUUGGAAGACAGGUUCUACAAUAAUCACUCGUUUAAGCUCACAGCAACACAAGGAAACUCCAUUUCACCUAAAAUAAAUACAAGAAACUACGCUGGCCGUUCUGAAACUUUUGGAAACAAUGAAACCCAACAUUCUGCAUUAAAAGACCUCAACACUAAUAAUAAUUCAGAGGACACUGAAAAAUAUGAUUUAGAAAAGAAGCUCGAUGAGGAAUCCAGUGAGAGGGAACAUGCACCUGCUGCAGAUAUUCCCUAUGUGGGAACAGCAGAUGUUGAUAUAUGUGCUCAAGAGCUGAAAGACCCUAGCGGGGUUCCAAAACAAACAUCAGAGGUACUGAAAGAUCAAGAGGUUGCAAAGGAAGCUACAGAUAUUGAUAUCUGCAGAUCCGAACUUGAGCCUACACCUCUGCCCUCCUUUGGUGGUCUUGCAAAUGUGGAUGUAUGUGCUGAAGAGAUAAACCACCCAUCUGAAUCUACUGAGAACAACAGAGACUUGGAAAGCCCAAAACUGUUGCCUCCAAAUGAAGAACAGUCUGAAUCACAUGAUGAAUCUUUUGUUGAAACCUCUUCACAUAUUGAGCAGGAUGCUGGCAAACCAGCAGAUGAAAUGUCUGAUGAUGAUGACGAUGAUGAUGAUGGCAAUACUGAAGAUGCUGAACAGGGAGUCUCAGAAAUGGUUGAUACUUUAUUAGAAGACACUGACCAAGAGGAAAAGAACACUGAGCAGGUUUAUGUAGAGGAUUCAGCUGAAAGUACCUUUGAAAAAGAUGUUACUGAAAGUGCAGUUGAAACAGGGCAGGAAUCAGAGGAACAUAUUGAAGAAAACAAUGACUUACCAGACAUUGAAGAUCAAGAAGAGACCAAUCAUGAGUACAGUAGCACCAAUGACUUUGUAGAAGAUGUAGCUGAUUCCACAUCUGAUAUCAAUAGUAAAUCACUGAUGGAAAUGAAAGACGCGCAUAUUGACUACAGUGAUGAAACAUAUGACAGUAAAAGCGAAGUCAUAGAUGUUCUAGAUGAAGUUGACCAUCAGUGUCUUACUCAUACAGAUGAGCAUGAAGCUGAGAACAGCACUGAUGAACAGAGUACAUCUAAAAAUAUGGAUGCAAUUAUGGAGGAAGACCUUUUAGAAACCCCAAAGCCAGUUUCCCAACUAAUCAUCAGUGAAAAUGAGGUAACAGAGGAUAUGAUAAGCAAUGACAUUUUAAAUACUGAUGUAACGGAAGCUUCUGAGCAAGAUCUAAACACAGAGAAUGUAAAUGAAGGAAGUGAUCUUGACAGUGAUGCUGAAGAGAUGGAUCCAGACAUUUCAAACAUGCCUCAGCAAAAUAUGGUAAAAACUGAGGAUGAGGAGGAUGAUGGAACUCAUGAUACUGAACCAAAGGAAGCUGAAGAAGCUGAGCCCAGGCCUCUAGAGAGAGAAACGGAGGUUAUCAGUGAAGAACAUCCUACAGAGUCACAAGAACAGACUGAGAAUGAUGCAGAUCAGGAGGAUCAGUUGGAGGAGCAAAGAGAUAAAAGCCAGGAAUCGAUACUUGAAAGUGAGAACCAGGAGAAUCCUGACAGCAGUGAACCAAAGGAGGAAUGCAACCAACCACAAGAGGAAGAGGACAUCAUGGACAUCCCAUUGGAUGACCCAGAGGCCAAUAAGGCAGCCGCCAAAAUCCAGGCCGGCUUCCGUGGUCAUAUGACCCGGAAGAAGAUGAAACCCGGUGAAAAGCCUAAUGAGGAGGUGAGCAGCAGUGGUGAGGCCCUCAACGGCAGCCAAGGGGACUCAGGGGGAACAGACGGAGUAGAGACAGAUGCCACAUCUGGUCCAGAGCAAUGAAGACCUUUCUCAAGGUGGAUGGCUUAUAAGACGCUUUCUCCAGGGAUUUUUUGUGUCGAAAAAAGUAGUAAAACUAGGCUGGAUAUGUCAUCUGAUAUGUGAACUCUUUCUCUAUUUUCUGCUUCUUAUCCAGUCCGGGUGAAUUUCUGCUCCAGCAUGCUUUUGCAUCCCACAGAAGGCAUCUGUAUACUGUAUAUCUGAUAUUUGUACGAGAAUUUAACACAGGCUUCUUCAGUCAGACAGUCAAGUAGACUUAAAAUAAUGCAUCAUGAUUGAGUUUUGUCAUUUUUGUUAUUUGAUAUUCCUUUUCUGUGGUAGUAUGUUUAUGAUUGCCUCAAUUUGACCAUGUAGCUACUAUCACAAUAAGAUGUGAAUUUUGUUUAAUGUCAUGAAACAGAAUGUUAUCGGUUGUUUAUAAUUGUGUUGACUGAUUUGUUUGGUUUGCACUUUGCACCCUGUAAUAUGUUAAAAAUGAAAUCAGAGCUUCCAAAGCAGCAUAUGGCAUGGCAAGAUCAACUUAUUUAUUAUCGACUCAUUUAUUUCCAUUUAUUUUAAUUUGUAAAAUGAUUUCUUCUGAGUUCCUUAAGGUAGUGCAUAUCAUUAGAAGUAUAGAAAUUGAGUUGUGACAGCUUAAUGAGUGAUAGCUAAGAUCACCUUGCAUGUUGACAUCAGCAUCAAGCUCUGUAUCAGUUGAAAAGCUAAUAAAAGCUCAGAAAUGUG